UCGAUCCGUUAACCGUAUUUUGUGUUAGCUUGAUGUUUUGUGAGAUAAACACAACCGGCGGAACACUUCGUACUAAACUGUGACUGUUGUGUGAUGGAUUUGUGAACUGAACGAUGGAGGAGGAGUCUAUGUCUGGACAUAGUUGUUCUGAAGACGAUAUUAGUGUUGGGCGACCGUCACCGGCACCUUCGCGGUCACCGUCACCCCACGACUACUUUAGACCCUUAAAACGGCUGAAGAUGGCUUCGGAGCCAGCCGAGGAACGGCGAGGGGAAGGUGUGAAAAGUUUUUCUAUUUUGGACAUUUUAUCGCAUAGCCCGCGUACACCUCCGCGCAUAGUUCGACCCUGGGACGCGUCUGGAUUUGAAAGAUUGCAGCGGCUACAGCGCUUGGCUGGUGCUGCUUUAUUAGACGGAGAGCGAUGGAGACUGGCAGCUUUGGGUCUUUUGAGGCCGAGGGAUAUGGCGCCAGCGGAAUGCUGUGAUUCAGCUUCGGAGCGGUCCUCAUCAGCAUCAGACUGCUGCUCGGAGCCGCGGAGAGCUUCGCAGCAGGGCUCUACCGCGCCCCACACUCCCCUGGAUGCUCUGUUCCACAUGACGAGCAAAACUUUUGAAGCUAACAAUGCUGACAAUGGAGAUGGUCAGUCAAAUCACUUGAAUCUCUUCAACUCCAGACCACAGCCGAAAAAGAAGAGAAAAUCACGAACAGCUUUCACAAAUCAUCAAAUAUUCGAAUUGGAGAAACGGUUUCUUUACCAGAAGUAUUUAUCGCCGGCCGACAGAGACGAGAUAGCUAGUUCCUUAGGACUCUCCAAUGCCCAAGUAAUCACAUGGUUUCAAAACAGACGAGCAAAACUGAAGCGAGAUAUGGAGGAACUCAAAAAGGAUGUAGAGAGCGCUAAAGUACUCUCGGCGCAUAAGAGUUUCUUAGAAAACGUGACUGAUUUGGGAAUACUGAAGAAGAAAGCCAUGAGUAUAGGUGCGAGCGAGGAGGCGGCUACAAAUCUUGUCGUGAAUGCGUCAAAAUGAAACGAGGCGGCGCGGGCGAUCGCGCCUAGUGCUAACUACAAUCGUCGCGUACUCGAUUAUUAAAUCGAUUUCGAUUAUGAACUUUAUGUGCAACACUAUUUAAUUUUCGAAACAGACUCAUUAGUGACGUUAGCUCAUCCCUUCACUAAUCUAGAAUAGUCAAGUACAUCACUAUUUAAAUAUAAUUGUAAAUAAAUACAUACGAGGUUGUAGUUUAUCGUUGUACAAAAUACAUUAUGAAGAAGCUUCGAAAUAAAUGUGAUAGUUGAUUUUAUUAUUUAAGUACUUAACAUUAUAUAGAGAUACUAUAAUUAUUUAUUGUGGACAGGUUGUUAUUGUCUGGCAUAUAGAAAUAGGUAUAGCAAUGUUUAACCAGUGAAGAAAAUAAUUUAUUAUCUUUUUAUAUAUUAGAAAUUAAUAUUUACUUUUAAAAGUGCAAUAUAAAAAUACAAACUUUGUUUCUAUAGACCAGCGAUAUUAUACUUGCAAAUCCAAUUUUG